GAAAGCGGAGUCGAGCUGGCGAGAGCAGCCACCAAACCAAAAACCGUCAAAGCUCUCUCUAUCUCUCUCAAUUCCGCCAGCUUAGGUUUGCUGCGUAGCGAAGCCAGCCAUCAAUCAAUCAUUGGGGGGGCAAUCUGGGACGCUCUAUUCCCACCCUCAGAUCGAAGCCGGUUUACGCGCUUUUGUUGCCAAAUCGAGCCCUAAAUUUCCGUUUGGUUUUGAUCUGAUCGGAGCCCCGGCACCAAGCACCGUCGAUGGCUUCAGCGAAGUCUUCUCGGUCCAGAGGACUGACCGGCACGCCGGCGAAGGGCAACAACCCUAAGGAUACCGGCACGAAGCUCGAGGAAAAUCUCAACGUCUUCAAGUCCGAUAAAUUCGAUGCUGAUGGCUUUGUGCAGUCCAAGUGUAAUUCCCUGAACGAGAAGGAAAUAAGGCAGUUAUGCUCAUAUCUUCUGGACUUGAAAAGAGCUUCAGCUGAGGAAAUGCGUAAAAGUGUCUAUGCUAACUACACAGCCUUCAUACGCACGUCAAAGGAGAUAUCAGAUUUAGAGGGGGAGCUAUUAUCGAUCAGAAACCUGCUAUCUACUCAGGCAACUUUAAUUCACGGCCUAGCUGAGGGAGUUCACAUUGAUUCUUUAUCUAACAUGGUUCCUGAUGGUUCUAUGGAAAAUGCUUUAUCCAAUUAUGAAGACAAUGAACCUUCAGAUCUGGAGAAGCGGUUAAUAGAGUUCCCUGAUGCACUUGAUGUUUUGUUAGCUGAGAGGAGGGUGGAUGAAGCUUUGAAAACCCUUGAUGAAGGAGAGCAUAUAGUUUGUGAAGCAAAAGAAAAUAAAACAUUAAGUCCAGCAAUGCUUUUGUCGCUACAAACUGCUAUUACUGAACGUAGGCAAAAAUUAGCUGAUCAGCUUGCUGAAGCUGCUUGCCAACCUUCAACCCAUGGCAACGAGCUUCGAGCAUCUAUUUCAGCUCUUAAAAAGCUGGGGGAUGGCCCUCGUGCUCAUAGUUUGCUGCUCAAUGCACAUUACCAAAGAUAUCAGUAUAACAUGCAAAGCCUUCGUCCAUCAAGCACCUCAUAUGGAGGAGCAUAUACUGCUGCUCUUUCCCAGCUAGUAUUUUCUUCCAUUGCUCAAGCUGCCAGUGAUUCUUUUAGCAUCUUUGGUAAGGAACGAGCUUACACUUCUGAGCUUGUGAUGUGGGCUACGAAGCAAACUGAGGCGCUUGCCCUUCUUGUGAAAAGACAUGCAUUAGCUUCAUCUGCAGCUGCUGGAGGUCUAAGGGCUGCGGCUGAGUGUGUGCAAAUAGCUUUAGGCCAUUGCACCUUGCUGGAAGCUCGUGGCUUGGCUCUUUCUCCUGUGCUGCUGAAACUCUUUAGACCUAGUGUUGAACAAGCACUAGAUGCUAAUUUAAAGCGUAUUGAAGAGAGUACUGCUGCUCUAGCUGCAGCUGAUGAUUGGGAACUUACAUAUCCUCCAACUCUAACACGUCAACCUGGCAGAUCCUCAAGUGCUUCCCUUGGUUCCACGACAGCAUAUCAGCAUAAACUUUCUAGUAGUGCUCAUCGGUUCAAUCUGAUGGUUCAGGAUUUCUUUGAGGAUGUGGGUCCACUUCUAAGUAUGCAACUGGGAGGUAAAACAUUGGAAGGUUUAUUCCAGAUAUUUAAUUCGUAUAUUAACAUGCUCAUAAAAGCAUUGCCUGGCUCUAUGGAAGAAGAAGCAAACUAUGAAGGCUCUGGAAAUAAAAUUGUUCGAAUUGCUGAGACUGAAGCCCAGCAAAUUGCUUUGCUUGCAAAUGCAUCCCUAUUGGCAGAUGAACUUUUGCCACGUGCAGCCAUGAAGCUUACCCCAUUGAAUCAGGCUAGUUACAAAGAUGAUCCUCGUAGAAGGCCUGUGGAUAGGCAAAAUCGUCAUCCUGAGCAAAGAGAAUGGAAGAGGCGUCUUCUGGGUGCAGUUGAUAGACUGAAGGAUAGCUUUUGUAGGCAACAUGCUCUAGAUCUUAUCUUCACUGAGGAUGGUGACACUAAUCUUAGUGCAGACAUGUACAUACACAUGGACGGAAAUGUGGAUGAAAUAGAAUGGUUUCCUUCCCUGAUAUUCCAGGAACUUUAUGUAAAGCUUAACAGAAUGGCUAGUGUAGCAGCAGACAUGUUUGUGGGCAGGGAAAGAUUUGCUACCUUGCUGUUGAUGAGACUUACAGAAACGGUAAUCCUAUGGCUUUCAGAAGACCAAAGCUUUUGGGAUGAUAUUGAGGAAGGGCCAAGGCCAUUAGGUCCUCUUGGUCUUCAGCAGUUCUGUUUGGAUAUGAAGUUUGUUUCCUGCUUUGCUUCGCAUGGGCGUUACUUAUCUCGGAAUUUGAACCGAAUUGUCAAUGAGAUAAUAUCUAAAGCAAUUGCAGCAUUUGCCGCAACAGGGAUGGAUCCAUACAGCAUACUUCCGGAUGAUGACUGGUUUAUUGAUGCUUGCCAAGAUGCAAUGGAGAGGUUGAGUGGAAAAGCUAAAGUUGCCAAUGGAGAUCGGGACCUUAACAGCCCCACUGCUUCUGUAUCAGCACAGUCAAUGUCAUCCGUUAGAUCCCAUGGGAGUUCUUAAUUCACAUUUAUUUCCCUUCUGUAAAUUAGAGAACAAUCGAAAACCUCCCCCAUGGAUGGAGCAGUCCUCGCAUUGAUAGUUAGCUUUUAGUUUGUUUCUUCCUCUUUCCCUCAUUCCUCCCCUCCCCACCUCCCAUGGCUUUGUUUCCUUAACAUGACUCUGCCAAUCAGUAGAUUGCUGUUUUUUAUGGCCAUAAGAUUAGAAAUUCUUUUCAUUUUCUAGUUGGUGGAGUGUUUCGAGUGUGUAAAGGUUGAUUGCAUCAAUUGAUAUGAAAUUAUGAAUGCAUAUAUAUCUUCCAUUCUUUGACUAAAA